UCAGUCUUUUCCCAUCUUCCUCCACUUCAUUCACACACUACUGUUACCCCAGAACUUCGCUUGGGACAGAGGUCAAGAGAAAACACGCAAAAGACCAAGAAAGUCAUUUUGUCUAUUCUCAUCAACUUUGUAUUUUCUUAGUCCUGCAAGGGAGGGAAGAAGAUCCUAUACAUAUUCAUACAUCUACACGCACAUACAAUCACACCAUCACUCUCAACAUGUCGAAUCGACCUAUAUUUAUGGCGACGCACCCUCGUGCGUGCUCGACCGCUUUUGAAAGGGUCUUUAUGACACGCCGAGACAUCUUGCAAUGUGCCCAUGAGCCCUUUGGAGAUGCCUUCUACUACGGCCCUGAGCGCCUGUCGGACCGCUUCGCCGACGACGAGGAUGCCAGGAUCAAGAGCGGCUUCUCAAAGUCCACCUACAAGACCGUCAUGGACCGUCUUGAGAAGGACGGGAGCGAGGGCAAGCGAGUUUUCAUCAAGGACAUUGCUCACUACCUCCUUCCACCCCAUGGCAAGGACGCCGAGGUUGCACCCUCUCUCGUCGGCGGCCACGCCCUGACCGAUGCUCCUGAGGUCAACAGCAACGCAGAUACAAAUAGCCACAACGGCUUUGUCUCAAGUCACACAAAUGGUUUCGUCAACGGCCCGACGAACGGAGACGCCUCCAACGAUGCCACCACACACACCACAGGCCACGUUAACGGUCCCACGAACGACGAAGACGAGAACCCCACCGUGAUGCCCACCGACAUGCUCCGUGGCUUCCACUGGACCUUCCUCAUCCGCCACCCCCGCCGCUCCAUCCCCUCCUACUACCGCUGCACCGUCCCGCCCCUGGACGCCAUCACGGGUUUCCACGACUUCAUGCCCUCCGAGGCCGGUUACGAAGAGCUGCGCCAGCUGUUCGACUACCUCCUGUCCCAGAACAUCAUCGGCCCCAAGAAGGCCGGCGACAAGAUUCCCGUCGACGAGGCCCUCAACGGCUCUGGUUCCGAGACUAGCUCCCUGAACGAGGACGCCCCUAGGCGCGCUGCCAUCACCGUCAUCGACGCCGACGACCUGCUGCAGAACCCUGAGGCCAUCCUCAAGGUCUACUGCGAGGAGGUCGGCAUCGACUAUACCCCCAAGAUGCUCGAGUGGGGCGAUGAGGCCAACCAGAAGUACGCCGCCGACGCUUUCGAGAAGUGGUAUGGUUUCCACCACGACGCCAUCGAGAGCAAGUGCCUGAAGCCUAGACCUCAUGGACAUAAGACGCCCACCAUUGAGGCUGAGAAUGCCGACUGGCGCGAGAAGUUCGGCGAGGAGGCCGCCAAGGUCAUCAGGGAGACGGUUGAUGCCAAUACUGCCGACUAUGAGUACCUGAAGUCCUUUGCCAUCAAGGUCUAAGCGAUGUUUGAUGAUGAUACGAAAUACUUAAUGCUUGUUGUUGUUGUUUUUUUUUUGGGAGGGGGAAUCAUUGAGAAGGACAUACUCUUUGCAUACGGGAGGCUUGCGAUUGCUUUUCUCGGGUCAGCGUGCAUGCGCACACCGCAUGGCUCAUCCUGCAUAGCAUCUUUUUCCGGCGGCCAUGAAAGUAGGAGAGGGGAGUUGACUUUGUGUCCCUCUGGCCUCCAACGUCAAUAUGAAAUACAACAUCCUGACGGAAUGUUAAUUUCCUCAAACAAAGGCUUCUUCCUUUUA